UAUGGCAAAGGAUCUUUUUAAAUGGACACCCAUGACGGAAGACCUGAGGCCUUCUCGCAAACCGGGAAAACGCAUUAAAAAGGCACAAACAAGGAAAAAAGUAGAAGCUUGGAUGAGUAGUGCUGAUAAAAAUGUUUCAUUGAACAAUUCAGUUGUUGAUCAGUUUGGUCCUGAUCAUCAAACUGACCAACAAUCCAACAACCAUGACACCAAUGAAGACGACAUUGACAUCUGGCUUAGAAAGGUGCGCAAAGCAGCAGAUGUUGCAGAAUCUGAUGUUAUCAAUGACUAUGCAGCAGAGAGUGCCCAUCACCCCCACACCAAAGGAGUCCCUGAUAGUGAUGUCAGUUCAAUGUUUGCUCAAAUUAUCUCUGACUACAUCCCCAAUUAUGACGAUAAAGAAGACCACAACACAUCAGAAGAGCCCACGUCAGCAUCCACACUUCCUCUAAAUGAUAGGUACGAUGCUGUUACUGAAGCAAAGAGCAUUCUCAACACGUGGUUACAGAAAAAAACAGAGAUCAACCACGAGGAGUUUCUGUUUGGUGAUGAGAAGUACGAAGUGAUGGGAACUGUUUCACCGUCUUCAAAGCACGAUUUAACUUCAGAACUGUUAGAUUGUGAAGAGGAUGACGUGGCAAUAGCUCUCCAGCGUCUCAGGUCAGCUCCAGUCGAACAGAAAGUCAUCAAGAAGUUGACAGCAGUGAAGAAAGUGAAAAAUCCGGCAUUAUCAAUUGCAGCUAGGCAGGAACAGGCAAAGGAACGACGACGAAAAAUGGAGGAAGAGCGCUCACAAAAAUUAAAAGAAGCAGCCGAGAGAAAAGCUGCACGGGCAGCCGCAGAAAUUGCAUUGCAGGAGGAGCGUUCAAGAAAAGAAAGAGAGGAGAAAUUAGAAGAAGAUAAAAUUCAAGUAGAGAUGGUCGCUUUGAGGAAGAAAAUCAGAGAAGAACAGCAGGAGAAGCUUGUUAUAUACGAGAAGAAAAAAGAGAAGCAGACAGAGUCAUAUAAAGCAGAACUAGCAGCAGAGUACAGACAAGUUGUAAUGCAGAAUGCAGAGGAAGAGGUAAAAAGGAAAAGGAUUCUUGCAACGAGGCAUAUUUUAUUGAAACAACUUCAAGAGGCGGAGAGAAAGGAAAUGAAGGAGAGAUAUUCGAUGUUACAGCGAACAUUUACCAAAUGGAGAGAAGCCACACUGGAUGGCAGAGUGAUCUACAACAAAGCAGUCGCUCUCCACGAGUGGAAAAGUCAGGUAAGAGCGUGGCGCCAGUGGCGGUCAUACUGCCGGUUAAAACAAGAAAAGAGAGAUGAGAAAGUGAGGGAAGCUAUGUUUAGAGAAAACAAGAAAGUGAGAAUAGCUGAUGUUCACUACCAGAAGUCUCACUUGCGCUACUACUUCAAAUACUGGCAGUACUGGCAUCGAACACGUGUUCAAGAAAAGAGAGAAGAGAAAGAUGAUUUAAGGAGGAAACAGCUUAUGGAGCAGUGUCUUGCAGCUGCAGUGGAAGUUUCCAGAAACACCUCAGCCACCACGAACGCCUCAGUCACCAGAAACGCCUCAGCCACCAAAGACGAUUGUCCCAAAAUUCCCAACAACCCAACUAUGAAACCGAAUUACGACGGUGCAAAGUACUCAAAGAAAAAGAAGUUGGGUAUUAACUUUGCUGGGCGGGGAUCAAAGUCAGGGAAUAAUAAUGUAGAAGCACAAGAAAAUACAGAAAGGGUUGGAGUUGAAAGAGAAUCUAUAAUGGCAGCUCGUAAAGAUGUACUGCACAAAUCAGGUCCUGUGUCAGUUCCAGUUCACAAUCCUUGGGACAGUCCUGUUAGGCCUUUAAUAUCUUCAAACAACAGCAGAACAGUCGGAAUUGAUAAAGCUAAGGAGAACAAAAUUCCUGUGGCUCUUAGAGGAAUGGAGGAAAGGGCAAGGCAGCGAGCUAUGAGAAGACAGGAAAUAGAAAACCGGAAGGUAGAAAAGAAGCAAGAAGCGGAGAGAUUUAAGAUCGAGGAAGAGAAGAGAAGGGCUGAGGAAGAGGAACAGAAACGCCAAGUGGAGAAAGAGCAAAGAUUGAAGGAGAUAGCUGAAGCGAGGGAAAGGGAACGAGCAAGGUUACAGGAGAUACAAGCGAUGAAGGACAAAACGUUGACAGCUAUUAAUCACUAUCAUGUGAAGUUAAAAGUGAAAUAUGUUUUAAAUCCCCUCAAGAGACUUUGUCAAAAGCUUAAAGACGAGGAAGGUGAAGCUGCCAGGCACUAUGAUACAACGUGUGUCGCCUCCCAUUGGAAGGUCUGGAAACAGCACCUGGAAAUUAAGAUAAUUGAGAAAGAAGAGAGGGCUACUCAGUUUUACAGAAAUCUCAUUUUGAGACAAACCCUCCGAUCCAUGAAAAGGGCACUGACGUUACAAGAAUCGUACCAGCGGAUAUCUGACCGACACUAUUCGCGCUCGUUACGAGUACGAGUUCUGUGGUCCUGGCAGGAAGGCGCGAAGACGUGCGUAGAGGAGAGGGGAGGGUUGGAAAUCCGUGCUGUUCAGCUCGAUCGAAAGAUAACCCUGAGAAACCACCUGCUCUUCUGGCACCGACUUACACCCCAGCUGGUGCGAGAACGAGAGGCUGAUGUAAGGAAGAACAGGAUGCGAAGCAUGGUGGCGGAACUUUUACCUGACUUCGCUCCGUCGGGAAGCUACUAAUCAGAUCAUUAGAUAAUUAGUUGAUAAUUAGAUAAUUGGCUGUGAUUAAUUCCGGCGUCAGAAAUGCUGAUGUCAGUCAAUUAUAUGAUUAGAGAACAAGUACUGACGAACAUUGAUGUCAGAAGGUCAGGAUCGCUAAAUACUUACGUUAACUGGGCUGAUGAACAGUUCGAAUUGACGAUAAUGUCCGAUGAAUAUUUUUUGUAGAUAAUAUUAGAGUUUUCUGUUAUCACUGUAAGAGUGUUAUCUCACUGCAAUAUUUGUUGUUCUUGAUGUGUUUUUUAAAAGUUUUUGGUGUAAAUACAUUUUAUUUUGAAUUAUGAUACGAUAUUUAAUUCUAUCCUUUUAUUAGUUGAAUUUCUGCUCUGGAUUUUGCAGCGCACCAAACUCGCUGCUCAUAAUAAUUCUCCCGAUAAUAUCUCUAAACAGUUUCUAUCUAGAUUGCAAUCUAUUAGU